UUCUUCUUCUUUGGAUCCAAAAUCAGAUAAAAAAAAAUCUUCUAUCAUCUGUUUACGAUCAGAUCAUCAACAAUCAAAUCAGGAUCCCCGCGAAAAUGAACGACUCAGAUGUAUCCAAGCAGAUCCAGCAAAUGGUGAGCUUCAUCCGCCAAGAAGCGGAGGAGAGAGCUAACGAGAUCUCCGUUUCAGCUGAAGAGGAAUUUAACAUUGAGAAGCUCCAGUUGGUGGAGGCAGAGAAGAAGAAGAUCAGGCAAGAGUACGAGAAGAAGGAGAAGCAAGUCGAAGUUCGAAAGAAGAUUGAGUAUUCGAUGCAGCUUAAUGCAUCUAGGAUCAAGGUCCUUCAGGCUCAAGAUGAUGUGGUUAAUGAAAUGAAAGAAUCGGCAUCCAAGGAACUUCUGAAUGUGAGCCGUGAUCACCGUGUGUACAAAAAUCUUUUGAAAGAUGUCAUUGUUCAGAGUUUGGUCAGACUGAAAGAACCUGCUGUCUUACUGCGUUGUCGCAAAGAUGAUGUGCACUUAGUGGUGUCUGUACUGGAUUCAGCUAAAGGGGAAUAUGCUUCUAAAGUUAAUGUUGAUCCACCGGAGAUAUUCAUCGACGAUGUCCAUCUUCCCCCUGAACCUUCUCACCACAACGCUCAUGUUCCUUUUUGCUCUGGAGGUGUUGUCCUGGCAUCUCGAGAUGGAAAGAUUGUUUGUGAGAACACCUUGGAUGCACGAUUGGAUGUUGCAUUCAAUAAAAAGCUUCCAGAGAUACGCAAGUGGCUCUUUGGUCAGGUUGAUUCUUGAAGGGAAGGACUGUAUUAUUUGCUGGGCAGCUUGGGUCUUCAACUGCAGAGAUGGAAUAGCGUCGAAAUUGUUUGUUUGUGUACUUCUCAUAUUAUUCAUUCCGGAUCAUUUGUUUAGUUUGGUUAAUUGUUUGCAUAUAUCAUUUUGUGGAUGGUGAAGCACUCCCUUUUAAAUAGUGAAUAAAAUAUGAAGUGUUUUCAACUCGA